CCAUGACAUUUUCUGUAGCCCGUUCUCACGGUGGCCCAGGGGCAGCGUGGUGGCCCUGGUGUGGCGUGUCAGUCCCGCCGCGCGCCCUCACCCACAGUCAUGGCGUGGGUGUGUGGGUCUCCGUGGGCGCAGCCGGGGAGAAGGGAGGACGUGGAGGCUCCUGGGUGGCCUCUGCACCCUGCCGUGCUUGCCCCGCCGUCCGCUCCCCGCCCGUGCUCCGCUUUGGGGUCGCCGGGCAAGGAGGGCUCUGCCGAAGAGGUUGGCGUGAGCCGGGCUGGGCGGCCUCCGCGCGUGCCGGGUGCUCCUGGAGAGGGAGCAAAGUUUUUCUGGCGUCGGUGCAGCCCUGGCUGGUGCCUUGUGAUUUCAGCCUUGUGGGAACACCAGUGGUCUGGCCUCCUGCACCCUGAGCCCGUUGCUACAGCCUGGAGACUCUAGGCUGUUGCAGCACCGGGGUACUCGUGUAUCUGAACAAACCGGGACGUGGAAAUGCUACGGUGGAGGGGAUUCAACACGGUGCGCGUAUACGGGGUUAUCCUAGUCCUGGAUGGAGUUUGCAGCCCUGGAGAGUGAGCCGCGAGUCCCUGUGGAUGCUCAGCCCCUCCCUGUCCACUGCUGCAGACUUUAUACUCACUGCACACUGAGGCUACACUAUGCUUGCCAAAGAAGCCCUUGAAAAUACUGAAGUUCCAGUUGGUUGCCUUAUGGUCUACAACAAUGAAGUUGUGGGGAAGGGACGAAAUGAAGUUAAUCAAACUAAAAAUGCUACUCGACAUGCAGAAAUGGUGGCCAUCGACCAGGUCCUAGACUGGUGUCGCCGAAGUGGCAAGAGUUCUGCUGAAGUUUUUGAGCACACCGUGCUGUACGUCACCGUGGAGCCAUGCAUCAUGUGUGCAGCAGCCCUCCGCCUCUUGAAAAUCCCACUGGUUGUCUAUGGCUGUCAGAAUGAACGGUUUGGUGGUUGUGGCUCUGUUCUAAACAUUGCCUCUGCUGACUUACCAAAUACUGGGAGACCAUUUCAGUGCCUUCCUGGAUAUCGGGCUGAGGAAGCAGUGGAAAUGUUAAAGACCUUCUACAAACAAGAAAAUCCAAAUGCGCCCAAAUCAAAAGUUCGGAAAAAAGAAUGUCAGAAAUCUUGAACUUAUUCUGAUGAAGGACUAAUGUCCCAAAGUGACCUGGACAAAAUACUUGGACAUCAUUGAAUCAAAUGUUUAUAUAUUGUUGUUAAUCUCUGGGAAAUGGUAUAUCUCAUCACUUACUCUGUUAAGGAAACAAAUUGGCACGUUUCGAAAGGCUGACAAUUGUAAACAUCUGAAAGGACAUUUUGAGAAGUGGGAAAAUCAACCUUGAGGUUUUAGAAGUCAGCAAACAGUGCCUGCCUUUCCAGCCAUAGCAUGUACAGUCCAGGGGAGGGCUGACUCUCCAGAGAGUGUGCAUCCAGACCCAGUGACGUGGCAUGCGUCUGUAUUGGAGUGUGCUGUGCCGUGGACAUGUUCCCAUGACUGUCAUUUCAGAGUCUGGUCUCCAUUUGCAGCUGCUAUGUUCUCCCAAGGAACUGGGAGCCUGUGACUUCUGUACAUAUCAGGAUUAUAUGGUCCUUGAUUUUUUAAAAUAAAACAUUUGAAUAAAAUGCA